CCCAAGAAUGUGAUAAUCUUGUAGAAGGAGUCCAUGAAAUGUUCAUGGAGAUGGAAGAGAAGCUGAAGCAGGAUCCCAAGACAUUUGCUGAGCCCUUUAAGGCAAUGAUAAGGUCUUACAAAAGGCUGAAAACCCAAACCAACUUGGUGUCUGCUGUUAGCAUGUUUGGCAGAUACAGCGGUGUUAACCUAGCCAGGCGUAAGGUAAAACCCAAGACCAAGGGAGCAGGGAUUCUACAAGCGUCUGGGCCUAGCAUUAGUGUGCAGCCAACUGCCAUUGCUCGGAGGAGAGUGAAGAUUGGGGGACGGAGACGGUUAACUGCGGGUCGCCCGACCAAACAGGCAGCAGUUGUUGAGCAUGGUUAUGCAAGAGGCUCUCAGUCGUCCCAACUUCCACGGAAAAGGCGAGCAGCUGCCCCACAUUCCCUCAGCCAUGCUGUGACCAUGUGCCAGUCUUUGGGAAAAACACACAGUGCAAAAUGAAUCUGUGUCUCAUGUAAUACAGGAACCAUGAGUGGAAUUUGACAUUAUAUAUAUCUAUCUCUAAACAGGGUGGUGCUGAAAGAAUACAACACCAGGGACUGUUAACCCAUUGCUUCUGAGAUUCUGAUAAUCUCAUAGAGACAGUUCCUGUUCUCAUAGCCAAUGGUUUAAUUUCUUCAAUACCUUCAGCAAAAUGUUGUCGAUUUUUUGUUUCAUUGCUUAGAAUAUUUUUUUUUAACAAAAUAUUUUCAUGAUCAUUGAUUUUGUGUCAAGCGUUUGGUCAGAGGGCCAUUUUUCUAGCGCAAUGUUAUUUCCAACAUGGAAAAUGAUGAAAAAACACCAAGAUUAUUGAUUUUGGUCAAGUAGUUCUGUACACUUGUACUGAAAUCUAUGCACAGUACUCCUCACCACAAGUUUGUUUGACUUUGUACAUGGCUCAGUGAAUGCAGGAACCCCAUUUCAGUGUUGUCUUGGUUCAUGAUUUCAACAGAAAUUCUCAAAAGUGACAUUGGUUGGUUGUAAAAAUAUAGCAGCAAAACUAUUCAACCAAAAUGGAUGAUCUUGGUGUCAUAUUCUUCUGCAUGAAUCAUAUCAAACUAUUACGCUAAGAAAACAUCAUUUCUGACCAGCUACAAUGUUACAAAUGACCGUGCCAUUGCACAUAGAGAUACUGUAGUUCCCCCUCCCUUCUGAAGUUGCCUGUUAACAUAUUGUGGGGUGGGUUGUUGUCCAGUGACAACAACGGUGGGUCGGAUGUGAAAGAAUAUCACCCGAUGAGGUAAG